AAAAGCGAAUUCUGUUUCACUCCAAUUUAGAGUUCAUGCGUGAAAUGGUUUGAAAAAUGGAUAAAUGUGUAGUGACUGAUUUCGAAAAAGUUUGUCGUAUUUGUAUGAAAUUCGAUAAAACAUUUCUAUCGAUUGCUUCAUUUAAAAUAAUUGAUAUGAUAAUAGCGUGUGCUUCUGUACAGAUUUGGGAAAAUGAUGAUCUACCAAAUCAAAUAUGCCAAGCUUGUUUUCUUCAAUUGCAAAAUACUAUCAAUUUCAAAGAAUUAUGUGAAAAUUCCGACAAUGCAUUUCGUCAAAUUAUUAAACAGAAUAAAGUUAAACUAUCGAAUAAUCAAAAUGAUUUUGAUAACGUAAAAGAUGAAGAAUUCGAAAAUUACGCCGAUGAUAAUUUUAUAGACAUCAAAGAAGAAGAAGAUGUUUCGGAAAAAAUCACAAAUGAAAAUACAUUGGAAAAGAUAAAAAUUCGAAUUAAUCACAAUGAAGCUGACUCCAAAAAAACAGAAACAAUUAACAUGCUGAAAAUAGAAAACAAAAUUAAACCGGAAUUGAAUGGAUUGCAAAUUCAAACGAAAUCCGAAGAGGAAAGUGAUACUUCUGAAGAUAUUAACGAUGACGAAAAUGUAUUAGAAACGUUUGCUUGUGAGAAAUGUGAUCAAGAAUUUAAAAAAUUAUGGGCAUUAGGUGUACAUAUGCAUCAUAAACACAGAGCCAAAGCAUUAAAGUGCAAUAAAUGUGAAUUAAAAUUUUAUCAUCCAUUACAUUUAAAACAGCAUCAAGAAACAAUGCACAAUGCACCGAAUCUUACAUGCACUAAAUGUAAAAAAAUAUUUUCAAAUAUUUAUAAAUUAAAACGCCAUAAAUUAACACACUCAACUAAAAGAAUGAUACCUUGUCGACGAUGCGACAAAUCUUUCGCUGAUAAGCCAACGCUAAAAUGUCAUAUCAAGGAAGUACAUGAAUCUGUUCGGAAAUUUGUAACAUGUCAUAUUUGUGGUAAAUUAAUACAGAAAAAAAGUCUAAGAAAUCAUUUGAUGACACAUAACGAACGUAAAGAUAUCACUUGUGACAUAUGCUCAAAAACAUUCAUUAAUGAGCUUUCGUUUAAAACACAUAUUAAACAUAUGCAUGAGAAUCAAAAACCUGCUCGGAAUCAUUUAUGCAGUAUUUGUGGAUGGGCAUCAACGGCACCGUAUCAAUUACGUAGACAUUUAUUAAUUCAUACAAACGAACGACCAUUCAAGUGUGAUCAUUGUGAUAAAGCGUAUCGGCGACCGGAUCAUUUAAGAAAGCAUAUAACAAGCGAACAUUUAAAUCAACGAAAUUUUCAAUGUAAAUAUUGUCCACAAGCUUUUCAUGCGAAAAGAACUUUAGUGCAUCAUGAGCGACGACAUACAGGCGAAAAACCACAUAAAUGUGAAGUGUGUGGUAAAGGAUUUGCACAAAAUACUGCGUUGAAAAUUCAUACGAAAAUACAUACAAACUCAAAAGAGAAUCUUACGCGAAGCUGAUUUGAGAUGGCAGCAUUUUUCUUGAGAAAAGUACGGACGAUUAAGAGCUAGUUGCUGUAUCUCUUACAUACAUUCUAUGGAGGGUAGAGAUAAGGAAAACCAUCUCUGUAUAUAAAAGGUGUCCAUCGAAAAGCAACAAAAAAGGAUGGCGCUGCUGUAUCAAAAUUUUAAGUUGUAAAAGAAGUGCUCAAAGUAAUAAGAACAAGUAAAGAUUUAAACAAGUUUUUAGAGAAGGAUGGAUGAGUUCCCAUCAAACACCUUUUCCUACACAAGCACCAUUCUGGUCAAUUUUAGAACUGUUAUUUGCUGUUUUCGGUUGGACACUUUUUUACUUUAAGAUGGUUUUCCUAAAUUUUAUUGUCUUUAAGAUAGUAUAGCAGUAUCGAAACGGGAAACAGUCAAAUCCGCAAUUAUUUUUUAAUUGUUUUUUU